AUUUAUUCAAAAGUCCUAUAACUACGACAUAUUUCUGACACUCUAUGGUUGCUAUAAUGUUGAUUUUCAUGAUUUCAAUCAUGCCCUCAUACUUCUUCAGUUACUGUAGAAUACUUUUUAGAAUAUUUCUGAUACUGUAAUGUUGCUAUGUUGCAGACACCAAAUGACGGGAUCUUGACUGAACCUUCUGGAGACCAAGAAGGGAGUGAGAGAGCCACUUCAUCCUUACAACAGACACCAAGUGUUCCGAUCCUAAAGAAACCUUCUGAAGAUCAAGAAAGGAGUGGAAGAUCCACUUCUUCCUUACAACAGACACCAAGUGAUGGGAUCUUGACUGAACCUUCUGGAGACCAAGAAGGGAGUGAGAGAUCCACUUCAUCCUUACAACAGACACCAAGUGUUCCGAUCCUAAAGAAACCUUCUGAAGAUCAAGAAAGGAGUGGAAGAUCCACUUCUUCCUUACAACAGACACCAAGUGACGGGAUCUUGACUGAACCUUCUGGAGACCAAGAAGGGAGUGAGAGAUCCACUUCAUCCUUACAACAGACAUCAAGUGACAGGUACCUGACUGAACCCUUUGGAAACCAAGAAUGGAGUGAGAGAUCAACUUCAUCCUUACAACAGACACCAAGUGAAAGGUACCUGACUGAACCCUCUGGAGACCAAGAAUGGAGUGAGAGAUCCACUUCAUCCUUACAACAGAUGAAGUAACCACGAGUGAUGACGAUUUGAGCAAAGAAACCAAUGCCUACCUUAAUCAAGAAACAGCGAUUCUCACUUACACAGAAAAUGGCUCAAGCUCUGAGACCUCUGGGAACCCAAGCCAUGUAUAUGCGCCAUCCACAUCGGACAACAUGGAAGGCACUUCUGCUUCAACCACCUAUGACAACACUGAAGACAGUUUUGUCGCAACCCUGGAAAACAUUUUUGCUCCAACCCAUUUAGAGAACGUGGACGACACUCUCAACCACACGGGACAACAAAAACACCAGUUAAAGUUAAACAAAAAUGGCAAAAAUUAACAUAUCUUAAUUGAAGUACUUUUGAUGAACGAAAAGUCAAAGUGCUUCAAUGAAAAGCAAGGUUAAAGAGCAUUUUUUCAAAAUUCUCAUUAUUUCCUGGA